AACCAAGAUGGCGGAGCAAGUCACACUUGUAAACAAGCAUAUUUAAUUUGGAGUUUACGUGAUUGUAGGUGGAAAUGUUGUCUUUUAAUUCUCGGAAAUGAUCAGAGUUUUCUUUAUAAAUUAGGUUCAAUUUUCCUGUAGGGAUUUGAAUGCAAGUGGGUCCUGUUUUGCGAGUUUGUUUGUGGACCCUUUAGCAGGUCGAUAGCUUUAUAUUUGGAGUAUUCCUCAACGUUAAUUUUAGUCAAGUCCUCGCAUAGUUUGUUUUAACAAGCCAUGGAAAAGGUAAGUCGCAUUUUUUGACUGGAAUGUUGACUUUCACUGUCAGAUAAUGUAGCAUGAAUGUUGUGCAGAAUCUCGAACCAAAAUCGUGGUGCUAAAAUAGAACACAGUUUGAAAAUAAUUUGCUCUUAAUUCAUGGAGACACUAUAUCUUGCCCAGUAAAGGUCAGCCAGUACAGCGAUUCUUUCAGUUUAUUUACUCCCACUAUAAUCAUGUAUUUUCUUUUGUGUUGCUUUCACCUGUUUAUUAGUUAUGAUGUUACAACUUGUUUGUUUUCACCCAGGCAGCAGAGGCUUUCUUUCACUUGCUCAAUUUUUUGUUCAGUAUAUGCAAUGCAUGUUGCUAGGAAGCCGGUCGUUUCGAUACUAGUCAUUUCGAUGUGAAACAUUAUUGUCAGUUGUCUAUUUAUCUAAUUUUAGCUCGUUAGGUAAUAACUUUGAUAUAAUUACAUUGAACAGUUCAGUUUGAGCUUAUUUUCUUGAUUUUUCCCGUAGGUGACCACCUCACAUAAGCGACCACUUUGUUGUGCACCAAGGGUGGUCGCUUACGAGAGAAUUGACUGAAUAAGCUGACCUCUAGUCUUAACUAAGAAUGUUUAUUGUAAUGUACCCACUCCGUUUUGUAGUUUAAAGCACUUUGGACCAAGGGUGACAAGGCUUUUGAAAAUGAGGAGUACCUUCAAGCCAUCAGUUUUUACUCUGAUGCUUUGCUUCUUUCACCCAAAGAUGAAGAUGUCCUUGGCUGUCGGUCUGCAGUCUAUGCCAAGUUAGGCAUGUUUAAUGACUCUAAGAAAGAUGCUGAAAGCCUCAUAAGCAUCGUUCCGCAAAAACCAAAAGUAAGUGCUUUUUGUUAAGUUGUUAUUAGCUCAGUCCAGGUUUAGGGUGCUGUAUUAUACCACCUAUAUCCUAUUGUAAGUGCAGACUCUGGUCAUGCAAACUGUUCAGAGAAUAAAAACAUUAUCUGGUGAUUGAAGAACUUUCAGGUGGGAUAUUUUUAGCGGGGCUCCCGCGUGCGCGAAGCGCGCGUGGGACAGAGCCCCAUACCCAUGGAAUAUGGUCAACCUCUUUUCGUUUGGUUGUCACGUGAUUGACCGAGCGUACGUACGUACGUACGUACGUACGUACGCGUCUACAGAUUGUAUGGGUGGGCUAGGGGAGACUAUCAAAAGGAAGGGAGGGGUGUCUCAGGCGUGUCUUGGCAAGCCCACAUCUUUAAUAUAGGACAUUAACAAUAUGGUCAAUUGACAGCUGUCCAAACAGGAUAGCCACUGACCAGUAUCCCAUGACCAUAUCGCGGGCUCAUGUGUCAACUCAUCGAGGUGACGUGAUUUAUUUGGAAGCUGUCCGCUGACCAGUUAACUGUUUUACUAGAUCGCGAACAACGUUCAAUCUCAUACUUUUACUAGUUUGGGGGCACAGGAAAACUGAUAAUGCACACAUAUUGGACAUCAAUGUUUUGAUCAAUUGACAGCUGUCAAAACAGAGUACCAUGCUGACCAGUAUCACUUGACCGUAUCGCUGGCUCAGGUGUCGACCCGUCGAGGUCAAGUAUUUUUUGAAGUUAUCCGCUGACAAGUAAACUAGUUUUCAAGUGAUCGCAGGCUCAAGUUCAAUUUUUUUCUCAAUUCAUAUGAAAUAUGUUGUGUUUAUGUGCUGCACAAUUAAAAUUUUGAUUGCAAACUGACCUCGGACGUGAAAAUUCAGCCAGCUGCUACAGGCAGGGAAGACAGUUGCUUUUGUUUUUUUCUCACAAUGGUCACGCGUUGGUCACGCUCACGUCCAAUUUUUAUGCUCUGAUUGGUCAAAAUUUGACAUGUGAGUUCAUGGGCAAAAUUUAUGCAGCAUCUUGAAUCUUGUUUACUUUAACAGCUGAAGCUGACAGAGUUUUGUGUCAACUUGUGAUGUUUUUAACUGUCUUUUUCCACUGGAUGUACAAAAUGAAAUUCAGCUGCUAUCAGGAGUCUUCUGUUACUCAUGGCUAGUUUGUUUAUUGGGUUUUGGUUGAGAAAACGCCGCUUGUCAAAGUCGGAAAUCCGAUUUCGGAUGGCAUCGUUUUCGUUUUCACCUUGCUUGAUGCGUAAGAGGAUUGCAAAGUCUGAAGCGAUACUGGCUUUACCUGAUAACUUUCAGGAGCUGCAUCUCGAAUGGUAAGCCAGAGAAAUUAUUGUAUUUCAUGUUUGUUUUUGUAUCUAAUUUAAUGAAGUGGAGCGUAGUUUAUGCGGGAAUUUAGUUUAUGCUUGGCGUUUGUAAGUUUUGAGACAACGAUCUCACCGAGUAUCUGGUUUGAUAUAAUCUUACAGAACUUUAAAAAGCCUUUAGACAGUUUCUCACCGCAAAUAGAAAGAAAAUGUUCCAAAGAAUCUUUAGUUAUAAUUCUAGCCGGAAAAGAAAGCUUUGAGCGAUUUUUUUGCCUCGAGUUCGCCUUUGAAAAAACAAACACCGGAAGCUGGCUUAAAACAUAAACUUCAGCAAACUUAAGCUUGAAGCUUGAAGACUCAGGAUAUUUAGGGACACUUUAAUACUUGUCUUCCUGAAUGAAAAUUGUUGUCUCUGUUUAUGUUUCACCGAAUUAUAUUUCUUUUAUUGAUUGUUGGUAGUCUCUCUUGCAAUUUUAAUCGCUAUGCCGAUUGUUUUCAGUCGUUCAGUGAACAUCGCUUGCAGGAGUUCUCAAAAUGCCGCGCGUUAAACCAUCAAAUAAAAAAUAAACAUGAUAAAUUCUUUAUUAUCUUGGAGCGUAACUCUGUUAAUGUUCAUUCAAACACUCGCCACAGCUCGCACUACAAAAGUGAGAACCGGAUGGCCGUAUAGGUGAUUUUGGAAAUUUUUUUAAUAGUUUAUGAAUAUUGGAUGAGUGCAAUUUGUAUUGUGAAAUACUGCUUUCUGUCCGAGGUCUGCCGGUAUGAUAAAAACAAUGCCUCAUACUACUGUUUCACCUCAGAUGUGAUGUAUAAAUGGUAUAAAAGGUUGGUUUACACGCACCCAGAUUUGUUGACAAGAUUUUGCAAAGCAAACUUGUCGAACACAAAAAAGUUGGCCUGAUUUUUUUCCCACUAAUUAAUCUACGGUGAUCAAGAGCCAUUAUGGCUCUUAAAUGUGAUCGAAGAUGAUUACCAGUUUUUGGGUGUACAUAUGAGGCUAUCAACUCGAUGUAAGAUUUGGUUCACUCUUGGGCUGUUUGCAAAUUAUGUUUCUCUAAAAUCAGGUAGCCUUUCCCGCAAAAGUCACAUAAAUGUGCUCUAAAGUUAACUGAAUUGUGGAAUUCGAAUACAAGUUUAUUGUUUAAUUUAAAUUAUAAAUUUACUAAUGGGAGCCUCGCUUUUAGCCCUGGCUAAAUCUAUAUAUUAUUUCAAAAUAACUUUCUUUGGGUUGCUUUUUUUCUAUUCGUACAUUGUAGGCAAUCUAUAGAAUGAGAAUCAUAAAAAAGAUCCCCUACAACAAUGGUCCAGCAUGUACAUGUACAACAUAUAGUCACAACUUGUUAUUUCUCACAUUUUACAAGAUCUAUAUGAUUAUAUGCUUCUACAACAUGUUGUCUCAACUUGUUGCUGUUCUCAGUAUAAGUAAAAGAAUCUUUCUUUUCUUUGCGUUGUUUAAUUUUUUUCCCCUGUACCAACAAUCAAUGACUAUAACUACAGUAUAUUUGAAAAUAGUUCUCGAUAAUAUCAAACCUCAAAGCUCUUAAUAAAAGACACCAACAACAAAUUACUGAGAGUCUGCUUUUGAAAAUCAUAGUCAUUUAUGUAAAUUGUGGUUCCUUCUAAAAAUAAAUUUUAUAUGGUAUCAGCAACUUACAGUCCUUCUAUAUUUGUCUUACCAAGAGUAGAUGUUGCUUUAUUUUAAUAUGUGUUGUUUCAGUUAGUUCAAAGAGUUAUUUGUAUGCAUUUGGUAAACAGGGACACUUUUUGAGAGCUGCAGCACUUGAAAAUCUGGGGAACUAUCAUGAAUGUUUAAGAUCAUAUCUGAAAGCCUAUGAACUGGACACAGCCCACCCCACAGAGCUUUUGCUGAGGAUUAUUCAAGCUGUUGGAUGUAUCUGUCAAAUGUCAGAAACAGAAGAACUGUCUUUGGCACAUGAAGGUGAGAUUAACGAUGCACUUGUUAAUUGCCUGAGGUACCUCUUAACGCUAUCAGUCCAAUGGGUAUUUUUCAGAGAUGGGGGUCUGGUCAGCGGUGCCCAGGCCCCCACCGUGAGUAAAAUUUCUUGAGUCAUGUCAUAGGCAAGUCAAAGAGGGGUAAGGAAUUUAGUGAAGGAGGUGGGCAAGGAAACACGUCACUCUUUCCGCAAGUCAUUUAUUCAGCCUUAAUGUCCAUGCUAUUUAUUAUGAUAUCUAUUCCCACUAAUCUUCCUGUACUUAAAGAAUCAAAUAUGUGCUUGCUUUCUGAGAAAUAUGUCUGCACUGUUGAUGUAGUCUGUGUCAAAUAUGAAGUCUUUUGCUGUGAUCCCGUGCAUGGCCUAUUUGGCAGUAUGUACACUUGGCAAGUUUUUCUUUCUUUUCAAACUCUUAACUGCUUAGUCUCUGUUGAUUGUAAAUUUCAGAUGUCGAUUCUCAUAAAUUUGAGAGGUUUGUCCAAGUUGGCAAAAGGCUUUACGAAACUGGUAAUUACAAAAUCUGCAUUGACCUCAUCUCCACUGCAUUAAAAGCCCAUUAUGGAAAAAAUAUGGACCAGCUGAUGUACUCUGAAGCCAGUGCGGACAACCUGCGCAAAAGAUCAACAUUAGAACAGGUAACAGAUGAACCUGCUUCGAGUCGCCAUCAUGUUGCUGAUGAACUACAAUCAUCUGGGCUUCCUGAUCCUGUGACUGGGUUUUCAUCUAUCUAUUAUGCAACUGGAGACCGUGAAAAUGAUGAAAAUAUAAAGGGUGAUAUCAAGGAAGUGCACAAGUCAUUGCAGGAUAAAAGAACAGUAAUGAUGUCUCUUCUUUUCAUCAGUGAAUCUUACUACUCGUUGUUUCAGUACAGAGAAGCUUUGUCUGUUGCUAGACGAUGUCUGUCUAUGGCAUUAGACCUAAAAGACAAAGAGUAUGAGAUUAAAUGCUAUGUAAAACUAGCCAAUGUUUAUCAUAGGCUUGCACAUUAUACCCAAGCUGUUUCUUACAAUGCCAAGCUGUUAGCAGUUGGAAGGGAUCUUCAAAAUAACGACGAAAGUAUGGCAGGACAUCUUGAUUACUGGAACAGUGAUCUUGAGCGGAGAGCAGUUUGGAACUUGUGUGCAGCUUAUAAACUCAUGGGAAACUACGAGAAAGCCUUAGAACAUGCUCAAGAGUACAUGGAGGUCGUGAAAUUCAUUGACCAAGAGAAUCUUACUACAGCAUAUUCAAAUUUAGGAGAACUAGAGCUCUUACAAGGCAACUAUGAAAAGUCAUUGGGAUGUCAUAAAAUUGAGCUGCAACUGUGCAAAAAGUUUAACGAUCGUCAAGGGGCAGCCUAUUCAUAUGGUAAUAUAGGCACAGUUUAUGCCUACAUGGGAAACUUUAAAUCAGCUGCCAUUAAUCACGAACAACAUCUAAAGCUCGCACAGCGUUUAAACGACAAAGUCUCAGAACUUAUAGCAGUGAGAAACUUUGGGUGUCUGCAUAAACUGAUGGGAGAGUUCACCAAAGCUGUUAGUUAUUUUGAACAGCAUCUUCAACUGGUGAAGGUCAACAAGCUGGAUGAGCUACUGUGUAAAGCGUAUAGCCUUCUUGGCGCGUGUUACAGAGAACUGCAUCAGCUUCACCACUCUCAGUAUUACUACGAGACAUGUCUGAAGCUGGCCGUGGAACAAAAUGACUUGGAAGAAGAGCUUGAGUGUCAGCUCGCCCUUGCACAAAUCACAAAAGCAAUGCGAAAUUUUGAAACUUCGCGUCAGCACUUUAACAAAGCGAUUCCAGUCCUUGAAGAAAAACUGCUGUCGAAGCACGGAAAAAGCUUAUCUUACAAAGAUCCCUUGUUAACAAAACUGGAUCAGUGUUACAAAGACUUGCAAGAAGUGUUGAUUGAAAUGAACUUUGAAGGUGAAGCUCUAGAAAUUGUCGAACAUGUUAGAUCUCGAAUUCUUGUAAACAUUAUUAGACAUAGGAACAUUUUAGCCGAUUGUUUGGCAUCGCCUGGCCGACAAGUCGUCCCCUACUCAGCCGACGAUAUUAUUAACAUUGUUAACAAUCAGAAAGCAUCAGUACUGUUCUUCUCUGUUAUUCCUUCUGGUUUUCUUGUAUGGAUGUUGUCGCCUGGAAAAGGCAUUGUCAAAUGUCACUGGCAGAAGGAUUGUGACCACUGCACCUUUGCGAACAAGAUCAAGUCGUGCAUUGAGGAACUUCACGGUGGCUGUCAAGAAAGCUACAAUUGUGACCAUCGAGCGUUGCCGGAUGAAGCAACGAAAACGCAAUUAGAGACAAAAGAUACAGAUGAGACUAAAAAAUCCUGUUACUCAUGCGAGUUUCUUUACUCGUCAAAGCUAACACCCCUUCAGAAGCUUUAUCAUCUUCUUUUAAAUCCUCUAGAGGAAGAACUUAGAACGAUCGGCACAGAUGAACUGGUUGUAAUUCCUGACCAAGAGGUUAAUGCAGUUCCUUUUCCUUGCUUACAAAACCAAGAGGGUCAAUACAUGCAUGAAGUGUUCAGUGUACGGAUUCUGCCUUGCAUCAGGUUGAUUUCUCAGCAACAGAAGACCUCUGAAGAAUCAUCUAAUGACAGCCAAGAUUCUCCCAAAAUUCUGGUGCAAGGCAAUCCAGAAAUCUCUACGGUGGACUUAAAUGGCAAAAUCUGGAGGCCAACAAAGGAGACAGAUUUGGCAGAGGAGGAACUCAACACGAUUGCCUCGCUGUUAGGCGUGGACCCGGUCAGUGGUUGCCUAGCAACCAAGGAGCACCUCCUCAAGACAUUGCCUGAAACAUCUGUCGUUCAUUUGGUAACGUACGGAAGUUGGUCUGACGCAUGCGUAGCAAUGUCUCCUGAGCCUCAUCAUCCGAGCAACCCUCCACCGGCCGAAUCCUUCUUGGUGACUGUCUCAGAUAUAGCUUUGCUCAAACUCUCGGCAAAGUUGAUAGUGUUGAAUGCUUGUUGUGGGUGUGACCAUCAGUACUGUCAGCUAAAACACGCCAGCUUCCAUUUGGCGAUGGCUUUCCUGGCCGCUGGUGUGCAGUCCGUGGUGAUGCCGUUAUGGUCUGUUCCUCAGGACGCACUUCUAAACCUGUUUUACAAGUUUUAUUCAGGUUUGGAAAUGGUACGUAUAUGAAGUGUACUACGAUAAAUAGUUGUCUCGCAACAGAGCCGUUUUCAGUUGAGUAUUGUGAAAUUGAGACCAACGUAAUCAAUCUGGCCAAUCACAUCCGAGGCAGUCAAUCCAGUGAACCAAUCAGAUUUCGAGGCAGGCUAGCGCGGGAAACUGCUUGGCGAAAAGUCGCUAUUGACCUUAGAUUUUACUGACUAGCUGGGAGAAAGGCGCGAAAUUCAGUAACCAAUCACAAAGGACUUGAAAGCACAAGACCAAAAUAAUCACUGGAUUACACCCGCACUCAGCGAAAGGUCUCUGAUGCAUAAGGUAGUAGGUGUAUUUUCCUUUUCAUCCAAAUUGAUGGGCCAAUUCGGUUUACUGUUGUUUCGUCAACGUUCUGUUCGCUAACCUGUGAAAUCGUUUCCAAUACAAGUUGGGUCAGUUCCCCUAAGUGCUUUAGCCUGAUCGGUGGCUGAAGGAACGAGGUAUGUACAUGCGUAUCGCACUUUUUUGUAUCACGGCUGAGGGAACGAAGCAUAUGCAUGGGCAGCGCUCGUUUCGCUUCUUAGCGGAAGGACAUAAAAUGUUACCGAACGAGACGUCAGCGAAACGAGCGGUCACCGCCAAUUCUUCAGUCAUUUUGAAGGGCCACAUGGUUUUAUGCGUAUGAACCCUGUCAUAACGAUAACCAGUAACAUCUAGAAAGGACAAUUGAAACCGCUAAAUGGGCUUAUUUAUGAAGAGCUCAAUGGUUUGAAAUUCCGAACGCCGCGAGUUUGUAACAGGGCAAUUUUAUGAGGAAAUCCACAGUUUUAUUGUUAGUCUAUUGUUGUUGCGUACACGUGUUGGCUGACAAAAAGGUGUAGUUGUAGGCCGUAAACAAAUUGAUAUUUCUUAUUAACAGAUAGCGGAAUUUUCAUUUGAGCUGAGAAACGUAGUCUUAGUGACGAAGUGGUGGUGUUUUGUUUUACAGCCAAAUAAAUGACGUGCAGUUUGCCAAUUCGUGAGACAUUUAUAAAGGCACUUUAAGGUGUGCUUCUUUUUGUCAGGGCAAAACUGUCGGUGACUCUCUUAAAGAGGCCUGGACCCAAGUGAAGGAUGUGGAGCACAUGUCGUCCCCAAGCUCCUGGGCGUCGUUUGUUCACGUUGGAUUUGAUACCACAGUAAAUUUGAUGAAGUUACGACAUCAGCUGUUUGAUAAGGAACUGGAUCGAGUGGUACAGAGUUCUUCACCUGAGAGAUUUCCCCUUGUGACGUCAGAAACACUGGAUAAUAAAGGUUAGAGCUAAACAUGAACGAUCUUUGCAAAACUCUUUUUUUUCUAGAGUCAUACACGUUCUUAGGUUGUAUCCAACUUCGGACGAUAUAAUAUGGCUAGGUUCGUUAUCUCGUUGUUUGGUAAGACGAAAAACUUUGUACAAUUCGCGUUGUCUUCGCUUAGGUGUUUAAAUGAAUAUCAAGGACAUAGUAUUUAGUCGGGGGAAACAAAGAGUUAUUGUUCAGAACUGAGGCGCUCUAUUUUCGAGCGUUUUUCAGGCGAGCGAGCACGAUGCGAACGUGAAGCGAGAGACACGCGUGUCGGAGAAGGACGCGGGAAAAUAGCGCCUGUUUUGCUGGCUAGGGUGAAAUAUAAAGGAGAAUGAAUCCUUUUUUGUUCCCCUUCUCGCAUUACUCCCGUCGCGCGUGUCUCGCUCUACACGACCUCUUCAUGCUCGCCUGAAAAAUGCGCGAAAAAAUAGCGCCUUUUCUUCAGGCUAAUUUCACUCAAGCCAUAACUAUGAGGUUGCCAUUUGGAUGAAUAGUGAUUUAAGACGUGUUCUAUUGACUGUAUUCCAAAAUAAGACAAUGUCGAAAAGACUCAGUGGCAUUCAAUGCCAUUCACUAUUGCAUAUUGUAAUAUUUAUAAAUCUACUUGACAUAAAAUACUCGUAUGUAUGUCGAGUUUAAAUGUCCUAAAAUGACGGUAGUAGAGAUUUGUAACCAAAUGUUUGCGUAUUCUUGUUCCUGAAUACGAUCAAUCAAACACACCCUCACAAAUUAUCAGUAAAAAUAAUCUAAAUAACAUAGUUGAGCGUUGUCUCUCUCAGUUCCUUCAGUAACGUUCAAGAUGAAACGAUUUCAAGAACUGCUGACUCAGCUGCUGUUACAUCAUGGCUCCUUCCCGCACGUUCUGCCUGCUAUUAGAGACGUGGUAAGGCUCUCGCUAUCCUUAGAUACCCCGGGGUAGACAACCGAUACGGGAUAUAUUUAACGGGCUUAAUUGCCACCGAUAAUGGUGGCCAGUUCUGGAAGCAUUUGAAACGCCCGCUUCUGAUUGGUUAGACAAUAUUUGAUAGCCAAUCAGAAAGGGAUUCAAAAGCUCCUGGUAGUUGCUCGGUAAGAAUCGUAAAAUUUGACAUAGCGAUUUAACCGGUGAAUAUCCCUGAUUUCAUCUUGGCAAGCUUCCUCUGCAUCUCCCAGGAUGUCCGGUAAUUUCCCUUCAUCAGAAAAGUACGCAUAAUGAGUUUUCGUUUCAAAUGUAAAGAAGAAAGAAAUCAAAUGUAGACAUUUAUAUUUUUUUCUGUUUUUGAACCACCUCUGACACUAAAGCGAUCAGAACCUUAAAUUUCUAGUAUUCAGUGCAAAGGUGGGUGUUUAAAUAAGGAAGGAAAAACAAAAAGAAAGUUAUAUUUCGUUCGUUCUUAAUUCCUUUUAUUUAUAAAAAGUGUAGUUUUUAUUUUGCCAAAAAAUAAAUUACUUUGUCUGCGGACUAGCUAUAGUAAAAGAAAGGCUGGGCGCUUAUUAACUUUUUCUGGCCUGUGAAACGCUUAUUCGUGAACGAAAUAGCAUUGUUUUCUGUUUUCGCCUUUCUCCUUAUACCGUUUAUACCAAACCGAAAAGUGAUACAUGAAGUGAACGACAAUACCGUUUAUACCAAACCGAAAAGUGAUACAUGAAGUUAAGGGAGCGCCUCGCUUCAUUGUUUCGCCUCCUAAAAUCAUUCGUUUUUACUUUAUUUGAUAAAGGUGCAGCUGGCUCAUCAAAUGCUAUUAUCCUACCAACAUCCUGAGUUCCUUUUAACUGAGAGCUUUACCAUGUGUGCACAGCUGAGUUCCUCUGCGCUGGAGGCCCCUGACGCCAAUGAAUUCUUGGGCUUCCUUGGGUUUGACUUUCAAAAAGACGGUGCGCGUGACAGAGAUCCGUUUGUUGUUUUUCCGCACUGGGACCCCGAUGGAUUUCUGGCGAUCUCUUCGCAAGUGUUACAGGCCGUUUGCGGUAAGAUAGAGCGGGGUGGGUUAGUUAUACGUUAGGAGUUCAAAUCUGGAACUCGGGGGAACAUCGCAUUGUUUCCUUAAACGCGAUAGACAGUUCAUCCCGCCCUGGCUUAUCAAUGGAUUUCUGAAACAGGAUGCCGGGGGAAACUAGUGACGGACUGGCAUCCCAUCCAGGCAGUUGGGACGGGGGUGUUGAAGGGUGGGGAGGGGGUACAGUGCGUUGUUUCCUUAGACUCGAUAGACAGUGUCUCCCCUCCCACCCACCCAUGUGUGUGAAUGGAGAACCACAAUGCUGGGGGAAAACUAAUGACGGACCGGCAUCCCGUCCAGGCAGUUGGGGCCGGGAUUGCGGAAAGAUGGAAAGGGUAGACAGUCUCUCCCCACACAGGUGUAUCAAUGGAUACCGGAAACAUAGUGCGGGGGAAAACCAUUGACGUACCGGCAUCCCGUCCAGGUAGUUAGGAGGGGGUGAGGGAGGAGGAGGUUGAAGGAGGAGGGUGUAGCAAUUCCCCUACGUUCUUGAUUUAGCAGGAUUCGUGGGUACCCUGUGACGCGAGUGCUUCUUUUCUCACCAAGCCUUGUAAUAUUAUAGGGUAUAGGUCAGAAAACUGGAAAUUGUUUGAUUUCUGGGAUUUUCGGUGGCUUUAAUGAUCUAGCCACCCAAAAAGAGCGGAAUUCGCCAUUUGCACAUCUCAGAUAAUCCCUUGUUUGUCCCCCGCCCCCUCCCCAGAAAAAUAAUUGCAUAAGGGCGACUGUAAUACCCAGGAGAUAUUAAAAACAAAAGUUAUGCAGAAUUUUAAUGGGGCAAACAGGUCGUAUUAUGGGAGAUGUGCAAAUGGCGAAUGCCACGCAGGCUACGGAAUGUAAGCUAAAGGAAGGUCAAGAAAUUCUUAGAAAUCAGCUAAUAAUCUAGUUUACCUGCUGCUUCUACAGUUUUUGUCGUAACGCCCAUGUGGUUGUGCAAAAAUUUCCUUGCAGAUAUUGUAAAGGUGUCUUCAAGUGGAGGUUACACCUUAGCUAAGGUGUUACAAACGUUAAAGAAAAACACAAUGGAAAAACUUAAAGAAUUUGUAAGUUUAUUCUGUGCAUCCUUUACAUUAUUGCUUACUCCUGACUAGAUAUUUCCACUUUCCAACUGAACGCUGCACUCUCUGGUUUUCUCUUUACAGGAUGUUUUUUGACAAUAUAUUUUCUCUGACUACCUUGCGGCGGGAACCCCAUUUAAGCUUAUGACAAUCACCUGACUUUUACACCGCCUAUCGUUUCUCUCAGUUGUUGUUUUCUCGAGAGCCGUGUUAUAAAGGCAAAUAAAACCCUUCUUUGAUGAUUUCCUCCCCACCGUUUUUCCCGUUGAUGAACCCGUUCUAUUGGUAUCUCUUUACCAGUUUAGCAGCGGAAUUUUUUCUUUGUAUGAAUGGCGGAGCCUCUGUCGUGCUAGCCUGAAAAAACAGCCGACAUUUCACGACGCAACCACUGGUUUCCCCGCGAAAUGAGGCCUCAGGAACCGACUGAUGACGUGUCACUACCCAGAUCUGGGCGGUGCUUCUUAUUGGUCGUCGGUGCCGCGUGGAACAGUCGCUUCAACCAAUCAGAAGCACUGUGGGUAGUAACCUGUCAUCAGUAUGGAAUUUCCGCGUUAGUUUCUCAGACGUCUUUUCGCGAGGAAUAAAUGUUAGCGUCACGAAAUGUCGGCUGUUUCCUUAGGCUCCUCUCACGCAAUUCUUGCCUCAUUUUUUAGUUGAACCUCAGUUGUCGUUAUCCCGAGAGAAUAAUGAAGACAAGCGAUUUUGUUCUGCGUUCACUGUGGUUUAACCCUGAGCUUCAGCGCUAUCUCGCGUCGCUUGGUUUUUAUGAAGUUGGUCAGUCACUACUAUUUAACAAGACCGAGGCAAAUCAGAUCUUGCUUAAAUCCAGUCUCCUGAUAAUCUCAACUAUGCUUGGUGAGUAGACUCAAAAUAGCUUUUGACCCUUAGGGUCCUCUCCUACUUAGCCUGCGAACGCUAACUUUUUCGGGUGGGGAGAAGCGACCCCCGGAUAUACGUCUGCGCUCGCGGCUACGUCCUACUCGCGGCUACGUCCUACUCGUCGCUACUCGUAGGAGAGAACCCUGGGAACGAGGAUGUAAAACCCCUACUUCUUUAGUCUCAAAGUUUUAUGUUUGUCUUCUCUCUUUUAGACUACAUCGAAAGGGGAAAAACACGGACGUUGUCUUCGUCUCGCGAGGUAGUAAGAGCUGUUUUCAGUCCUUUUAGCAGCCUAAAGAGAAGCGCUUAGGAGAAUCUUAAGUCACUUCUGAGUCUACCGCUUCGCUUCUUUCUCACUUUUGUUCAUUUCCAUGUACAAGUGUAUGCUGUAUGCAUGUACGCAUGUACGAUUUCUUUUACAUAAAGCAUGGAAAGGAGUUUCUGGCCUUAAAAUGAGGUUGUUAAUAUGUGGGCAUCACAUACCGGAGCCAGGAGCCGAUUACUGAUGGUCGGGUGAUCUCCUAACGCAUAGAGCUAAUGGGUGCCUAUUAAUUUGUUAUUUUAUAUGUAUGACAAUUAGCCUUUCUGUCCUCGUUAGCAUGUGCGAAAUACAAAAGUCCAGAACGGCUCAUUAUAUACAUAAGAAAGAACAAAUAUAUGGGCCUCCAUUAUGAAAGAGGUCUAUGGUAUAAUUACCUUUUUAUUUUGACAUAAACGCGAUAAUUGCAAAUCUCCAUAAUUCUCGUUACUUUAAUCGCUCUUUGAACCAUACUCACUAACAUCAUCAACAAUCCGUGUAGGGCUCUAAUGGUAGAGUUAAAAGUGUUAUUUAUUAGCAGCUUAGUAGAUCUGUGUUUUAUUUUUGCAGAGUCGAUCAACGGAUAGACGUUCUACGAAACUUACCUCCCUCUCACCUCAGCUCACCCCGUCCAAACAAGUAAGUAUUUUGCCUAUUUUUUCGUCUUACUUAAUCCACUUCUUCAUUCUGAAUUUAUGGAUAAUAUUCAGUCUGUCGCUUUAGCCCCGCUUCCGGAGAAUGACAGAGUUUUCUCGCUUCAAUUCAUUUAACUUACAUUUUCUGGGAGCUAAGGAAGAAAUAGUUGGCAAUCGUUAUGGCAUUUUUUCCAGCGUUAAAGGCUUGGCUGUCUUGAAGUAUAGUUUCUCGCUAUGCUGUAUGUCUGGAGCUAAUGUAUUUUUUUGUUGUUGUUGUUGUUGUUGUAGAUCGUAAUGAAGAUCCCCUGGAUGUCCAGAAGAGCUGAUAAAAAUGAGGAGGAACUGAAAAUGGCACUUGCUAGAGAGUGAGUUUAAACGUAGUCUCCUGUGUCAUGGGUAAAAGCCAUUCGCACGACUUUAGUCCAUUUACAAGCAAUUAGGUUCACAGUGUCAAAAACAAAUUUAGAAUGCGACACAGACGAAAGAGCUGACUAAGUCUGUUUGCGAGCCAGCGCCAAAAUCAUUCUUCCACGAUUUGAGUACGCACUAGGGCCUGUUCAAAAAUCAAUUCAUUCGUUCGUUCAUUCAUUUUUAUUGGUUAAUCCAAAUUUACAAUUUUAUUUUCUCACAGCUCACAAAUAGCAAAGGCUAGUCAAGGUGGGCAGUGUCUAUAUAAAAAAAAAAACAAAAUACGCACUCCAAAUAGUAUUUAGUUCUAUUCAAUUGCAUUCCAUUGUUCGAUUAGCCAAUCAGGUUAAAAGGAAAUUCGAAUUGAGGGGGUUAGAUGACGUCUGCGACGCAGUUAGCUAAAUCGAAUUAUGGUAUUUUCGAAAACGCAAAAAAGGGACUUAAAAAGCAAAAUUUCUGCCAUUUCAGGGUAUUGACGCUAAUAGACGCUUCGUCUAUAAAAAAGAAGUUGCUAUAUAAUAUAAAUUGUUUUACAGAUUAGAGGGAAUCAAUAAGGAAUUCGCUGGUCACGUCACAAGAUCAAAUUAUUGGCAUGCUGAGCUGCUUCGAGCCCAGGUAGGCAUCCUUUGCAAUAUUUAAGCACCGUCACUAUUUUCUUGCUUUCUUGCGUAUGAAUUAACUUCUCACAGAGAAACAUUGGAGAGUUCCCCUCCCCCUUCAAGCGUCGUCAAGGUCUGGCUUAUCCGCUGGAGUUGGAAGGGAACAAUCUUGUUUCCCAUUUUUUUCAAGUUUCCCAUCUAGAGCUGUUUGGAUUUGAGUGACUAAAUGACAAUAAUAGCUUUGGUUUACUCUGGAAAAGAACUUGGCUUUCUGGGAUACUAGCGCUAGAUAAGCGCUAAGCUAUCCAAGAAAUUGCGAUAAUUUUAAACUAGUUUCUCUCCUAUUGAAUACUGCAGUCUGCACCCGGUACAAAACUUCCGAUAAUUGGUGGCAAAAAUCCGAACAAGUCAUCUGAGAAAGCGCGCCCCGACGAAAAAAAGGCGGGAAAAGUCAAAGUACAGGGUGGCAUGACAGCAUCUUGUAACCGACGGCCUGUGGAGGAGGAGCCAAGGCUGUCAAUCAACGACACUAGGGAGAGGCGAAAUGAGAUCUACAGAAUUUAUGCUCAGCGGUUUGACGAUACUGCAAUGCACAAAAGAUACAAAGUUCGACAGCUGUUUAUGUCGCAGAUUAGUGAUAGCACGUAAAACCAGUAAAUUCUUUUAGAAAAAGUGUUUGAUUUCGAAAAGAAUUUCGAGUGUGAAUUCAAAACAGUUAGCUGUAAUCAAGGUUACACAUUAAUGUAUUAUUCCGACUUAUUCCGUCCAGCUUAGUUGGUGUCUGAAAAACUGUAUAAUGUAGUACGUUUUCUUUCAUCGGUUUUAGACAUCGAAUCUGUUUGUCCUGUUCUCCCGAACCACAGGUAUCAUGCAUAAACUGCAAUAAAGUUCUUUUGAGCGCGCGAGGGGUGGUUUGGGACACAAGUUUUAUUUACAUCCGUUCUAUAAAGCUGUUGUUUGAUCCCACUUUUCAUUCACUACAAAAUAGACCACAAACUGAACGCCACAAUUUUUUGAUGAACUCCACAGUUAUACUUUAUUUUGGAAUGGAAAAAAUAACCUGAAGAUAUAAGCCAUAGACUAACUAAGCAUGAAAAAUUUCGUCUACUGUCCUAAACUUUAUUUAAGCUAAAUAUAUAGAAAGGUUCUUGAGUAUAUUGAGUAU